UCUCCCGCGAAAAAGCAGUUUUUCUUUCAUUAGUUUAUUGGUGAAGAACUGGAAAGGCACGAGGAGAAGCUAGUGGGCGGUGGGGCGGGCGAGGCGAAGUGAAGCCCCUUCCCCCCUUCACAAAUGGCCCUAUUUCUCUCUCUCUCUCUCUUACUUUUCCCCCAUUUUCUCUCCCUUCUCAUCUUUUCUACUCCCUCUCCUGGAGGAGCUUGCUCUGCUGCAGAUCCGUGAUCUAGGACUGGACGAAAAUGGUGAACGAUACUGAGUAUUAUGAUGUUCUCGGUGUUCGUCCUUCUGCUUCCGAGGAGGAGAUACGUAAGGCCUAUUAUCUCAAGGCGAAACAAGUCCAUCCGGAUAAGAAUUUGAAUGAUCCUCAAGCUGCUGAUAGGUUUCAGGUGCUUGGUGAAGCAUAUCAAGUUUUGAGUGAUGCAGUCCAAAGAGAGGCAUAUGAUAGGAAUGGGAAGCACGGUAUUACUAGGGAAUCCAUGCUUGACCCUACUGCUGUCUUUGCACUUCUAUUUGGAAGUGAAUUAUUUGAGGACUACAUCGGACAUUUAGCGGUAGCAUCAAUGGCUUCAUCUGAAUUAGAGAGCGAAACUGGUAAUCCAGAGAGACUACAUGAGAAGUUGAAGGCUGUCCAGAAAGAAAGAGAAGAAAAACUUGCACGUGUACUUGAGGGUUUUCUUAAUCAAUAUGUUCAAGGUGACAAGGAUGGAUUCUUACGGCAUGCUGAAUCUGAAGCCAAAAGUCUUUCAAAUGCGGCUUUUGGUGCUAGUAUAUUACACACUAUAGGCUACAUUUAUUCAAGACAAGCAGCACAAGAGCUUGGAAAGAGAGCCAUUUAUCUUGGCGUGCCAUUUGUGGCUGAAUGGUUUCGCAACAAGGGACAUUUUUGGAAGUCACAGAUAACGGCUGCAAAAGGUGCUUUCCAGUUGUUACAACUUCAAGAUGAUAUUUCCCGGCAGUUUAAAAUGGAUGGUAGUGGCCCAGGAAAUGAUAUUGAAUCGCAUAUACGAGCGAAUAAAGACACAUUCCUGAAUUCUUUGUGGAAGCUUAACGUAGUGGACAUUGAACUGACUCUUGUAAAUGUGUGCCAGAUGGUCCUACGGGAUGAUACUGUUAAAAAGGAAGAACUAAAAGCCCGUGCUCUGGCAAUGAAGAUUCUUGGAAAGAUAUUCCAGGUUCAAUAUGAGAUUAAGCAGGAGAAGCAUGCACAAAAUGGUGGAACGUCAAGAAAGAAAAGUGCUGCUGCAGUAGAUGACGAUGGAACGAGUUCAGAGAGUAGUGAUGAUGAGGAUCACCAGAGACCACUAUCAUAUCGAACUCCUUUUCUUACUCAGGGUAUUGGUAGACUCUUCAGGUGUCUCUGUAACCCAGCAUUUGAUGUAGAGGAUGACGAAAUCGUGUAUAAAAGCAAAUGAUGAAUAUAUCUAUUCAUGCAAGAAGGUUUUUAUCUCUUAUCUUUCAACAAGCACAGAGCCUUUAAUUGUGUUGACAAAAAUGUUGGGCUAAAAUCAAUGAUCUUCCAUUUUGUCACAAGUUGGCCACCAUGUAUAAUCGACUUUACUCAAACUCUGUUAAUAGUUCUUUAUAUCCAUAUAAUAUACAUACAUAAUUCUCCAA